ACCAGUAUAACAGCAAGUGUCUAAGGUACAUGCCGAGUGGCAGAUUAUAACUUUCGAGACAUCCAAGUCGUAGUGUGGAAGAUUAAGCCAUUUUAGUCAUCGAAAAACAUAGACUUGAAGGAACCAUGGCCGACAGUAGACCAGAUACCACUGCUUCCAACGCUAAAAACAAACGCAUGAACAAAAUCUACAGGACCCCACCAACUCCUACGCCGGAAGAACUCCUCGAGAAAGAGAAAGGGUUUAUCUUGGACAAUAAUGCAGUCAGUAACAUCUCCAGUGAGUUCUCGAGGACUAACCCCAAACUAGGCCCAGUUCUUCCCCCAUACAACGCCCAGAAGGACAUUCAUGUUGCGAACUAUUUCGAAUACAUUGGAGUGAAAAGGACUCUCGACAAAACUGGUCAGGCAGUGGAUGGAGGUUGCUCUAUAGAAGGCCCUGUCAUGGACGCGUUCAGUGAGCGGGGACAUGGUCAUCAGUACCUCAGCAAACGGAACCAGUUCGGGGCAGGACAUUCGAGAGAUUCUGUUGACGGUCACGCACAGUUUUUACAGGAUGUUAAACCUAUGACGAGUUAUAACGGCAGAUUCGGCUUCCGAAGAAACACACCUUGGCUUCGGCAACAGCCGUCACCAUUCGGGACGGCGAGUCGUUCUCCUGCAUUCUAACCGUUAUAUGGACGACAUACGACAGGUAAAAGCCGCGAACGUGUAUGACCUGGAUGACGUAAGAUUGUCUUACAAAGUAUAGAACUUCAUUACGCUGAAAGUAAAGGUCACUGUGACAGGACCCACUUUUGUUACAUCAACUCAA